UCCCGGCUGGUCUUGCGUCCAGCCGCCAUUCCCGAGGCCGUGCGGCCGCCCGGCUUUUCCUGUGGGUGUUUCCUCCUCUUCACUUUAGGACACCUCGCCGGAGGGUGAGGAGCUGGCGGGCGCCUCGGGUAGAAAGCCUUUAAGGGCCAGCCGUUUGCGUUGACCGAAGAUGGAAGUGUGUCAGGAGCCUCACAAACCAUCGCUGAGCCUGGACUGUGACCACUGUGGUUUCAGAGGCACCGAUUAUGAGAACGUGCAGAUCCACAUGGGCUCCAUCCAUCCGGAGUUCUGUGAUGAUAUGGAUGCUGGAGGACUCGGCAAGAUGAUAUUUUACCAGAGGAGCGCAAAGCUCUUCCACUGCCACCAGUGCUUCUUUACCAGCAAGAUGUACUCCAAUGUGUACUACCACAUCACAGCCAAACACGCAGCCUCGGAGAAGUGGGGGGACAAACCAAAGGACCAGCUGAGCAAAGAGACCGAGGCUGUGGAAAGCCCUUCCCUUCCUGAACACCAGAGUACAGCCUUGGACCCAGCAGAAGUGAGGCCCACUCCAGCUGUCCCCAUGGAAACACAGAAAAUUGGUCCGAGUUUGUCUCCAGAGCCACAAAAGUCUGUUCCUCCUGCUCUGGAGCCUGAGGACUCUGGCCCUGUUGUUUCUCCUGAGCUACAGGCCCCUUGUCUUCCUGCUGAGGCCUCAAAAACUGCUUCUGUUUCUUCCCCUGAAUGUGUCGACCCAGCCAGCAUGGUGUCUGAGUUGCAGAAGCCUGCUCCUGCUUCCCCUGAGUCCAUCAAGUCCGCUCCUGUGAGCUCCAAACCCCAGAAGCACUCUCCUUUUGCCGAUACAGGGGCUCCCCCUUCCACCUUGUCUCCAGAGUCACCAGUUCUGGCCACAUCGCCUGAGCCUUGGGGGCCAUCCCUAACUGCAUCUCCAGAGUCUAGGAAGCCUGCACAGACUGCCUCCCCUGAGCCAAGGAAGCCAUCCCCAUCAGAGUCUCCUGAACUUUGGAAGCCAUUCCCUGCCAUCACUUCAGAACCUCGGAGACCAACCCCAGCAGUAUCACCAGGUUCCUGGAAGCCAGGGCCACCUGGUUCUCCUCGGCCUUGGAAAUCCAGUCCUUCGGCAACCUCAGGACCUUGGAAAUCAUCUAAACCGGCUCCAUCUUUGUCUCCUGGACCUUGGAAGCCAAUACCUUCUGUAUCUCCUGGGCCUUGGAAGCCAGCUCCAUCUGUGUCCACUGCAUCCUGGAAGUCUUCAGUCUCAUCUGGUUCAUGGAAAACGCCCCCCACAUCUCCAGAGUCAUGGAAGUCUGGUCCCCCUGAGCUCAGAAAGACAGCUCUCACUUUGUCACCCGAGCACUGGAAGGCAGUGCCCCCUGUGUCUCCUGAGCUUCGCAGACCGGCCCCACCACUCUCUCCUGAGAUCCGAAGUCCAGCAGGAUCUCCGGAGCUCAGGAAGCCUUCUCCUGACCAGCGGAAAAGUUCUCCUGCUUCACUGGAUUUCCCCGAGCCCCAGAAAAGUUCUCAAGGGUCUCCUGACGUCUGGAAGUCCUCCUUCAUUACAGAAUCUCAGAAGCCUAGCAUCUUCCCUGAGACACGGAAACAUCCUUCUGGCUCAUCUGAGCCCCCAAAGGUGGCCUCAGACAUAUGGAAGCCUGUCCUCUCUCUAGAUGCUGAGGCUAGGAAGUCCACACUGUUUCCUGAGCCCACCAAAGCAGUCCUUCCUGCUUCUCCAGAGCAACGGAAACGUGCACUUUUCCCAGAGCCCCGGAAGCAUGUACUUUUCCCUGAGCUCCCCAAAUCUGCUGUGAUCUCCAACGCUCAGAAGGCCACUGAGCUUGGUGAUGAGCUACAGCUGGAAGCUGUAGAUGAUGCUGCAAAAUGUGAUAGUCUGGUCCAGGAAGGGCUUCUGGAUGCACCUAAGAAACUGUUAGAGGAUGCUCUGUUUCCUCCUUCAAAGAAGCUCAAGAAAGACAGUCAAGAGAACUCGGAUGCUGAGCUCAGUAGUAGUGAGUACCUGAGAACAGAUUUAGAUGCCAUAGACAUCAAGGGCCAGGAGUCCAGUAGCGACCAAGAGCAGGUGGAUGUUGAGUCUAUUGACUUUGGCAAAGAGAACAAAAUGGAGAUGAGUAGUCCAGAACAGUCCAAAAAUGUGCUUCAGUUCACCGAAGAGAAAGAAGCCUUCAUCUCUGAGGAGGAGAUCGCAAAGUACAUGAAGCGUGGGAAGGGGAAAUACUACUGCAAAAUUUGCUGCUGCCGUGCCAUGAAGAAAGGUGCCGUUUUGCAUCACCUGGUUAAUAAGCACAAUGUGCACAGUCCGUACAAGUGCACAAUUUGUGGGAAGGCGUUUCUCUUGGAGUCUCUCCUUAAAAAUCACGUCGCAGCCCAUGGGCAAAGUUUACUUAAAUGUCCACGCUGUAAUUUUGAAUCAAAUUUCCCAAGAGGCUUUAAGAAACAUUUAACUCAUUGUCAAAGCCGGUAUAAUGAAGAGGCAAAUAAGAGGCUGAUGGAAGCUCUUGAGUCGCCAUUGGAAGAGCCACAGAUGUGAUUUUCAAGCAACAAUACUUGCUCUGCGAUGUUUGCCAAACUCACAGCUUGUCGAGUGGGCUAGUAGAUGGUGUAUGUGUAGUGUCCUGUUGGUCUUAAUAGUGUUACAAAGAGUAAGUACUUGGUUAUUUUUUCAUGUGACCUCAUUAUGUGGCUGGCUGUUUUCUAAGUCAAUGCAUUUCUGUUAAUGUAUUCCAGAUGGAUGGAUAUAGCGCAUUAUCCUUAAGCUUAUUUGAGUCACAAUACAAGGAUUGGGGGAGGUAGGCAAGAGAAUUUAAACCUAUAAAACCUCCCCCCACCCCGUGUGUGUAAUUGAUUUCAGAUCAUAAAAAUUAUUAGGUAGAGGGCUCAGUGGUAGAGCACUUACCUAGCAUGUUUUGCAUACUAACUGCCCCAGGGCUCAAUCCCCAGUAACUUAAAAAAAAAAAAAAAAAAAAAGAUUGUUUGAGAGUUGAGCAUGAAAAGUAAAUCUGAGAAAAUUUUUGUUAGCCUUAAGUGUACUUUUGAAUGACUUUUAUAUCCUUUUUUUCAUGUAAAAUUAGUUUAAGAAUCUUCAAAACUUUUCUUGGUGUUCAUUAACUUUUAUGUUGUCUAGAGCUGGAGUCCUUCAGGUCACAGUGUUCUGCUGAAAGGACAGUUGAGUGGGUAUUUAAGGCAGUUUUGAUAGUUUCUGCAAAGACUGAAAAGGCCAAGUGACUGAGGUUACGCUUAUCUGUAGUUAUUUCCAUUGGAGUCUUCCUUGUGGUGUCCCUGCCAGUUCACAUUAACAGAUGAUCCUUAAUUGCCAAACGUGUUAAGAGUUUAUACCUCCUGUUCCUGGGCCUUCUGUGCCCCCCCCCCCCCACUGGGGCUCAAGAUCUGGGUAAUGAGUAAGGAGCUGAAAGUCUUCCAGAUUCGGUUAAGAAUUAAUGAAUAGAGCUAGUGAGGUAGUAGACAAGCUAGCCUCAGUUACAUGAGAGGCUGAGGUCGGGAUCACUUGAGCCCAGCCUGGGCAGCACAGUGAAACCCUGUCUCGGAAAGCGUUCCUGGAGAUCAUCUUGAUUUUGUCUCACACAAUUUUCUUAUUGUAAAUACCUCGUUUCUCAUCAUAGAUUGUUAUUCUAACAUAUUUUGUUAAAUGUGUAUCAACCAAAUUAAAAAAAGACUUUCAUGUUAA